UGUUUAUUCCACAAUAAUAAUAAUAAUAAUAAUAAUAAUAAUAAUAAUAAUAAUAAUAAUGCAUGUUAUCUCAUUUUCACUUUAAGCUAAGUCUAAAGCAGAAGAGUUAUUUAGUGCUUUUAACUGUCCAAGAGUGAAUUAUGAGUGAAUCUGUAUCAGAGAGAUGUAUAAAUACUCUGUAAAGUUAUUAGGAGUGUGAUGGUGAUGAAUAAUAACAUGAGUGUAUUUAAUAAAAACAAUUAAGCUUAUUUCUAAUGCCUUUAAUUUUACUGGCUAACAUGAAGAUGGAGUUUAACAUGUUUGUUUAUGUUAAAUGUCUCAAGCAUUGUGUUUAAAAAUUAGAAAAUAGUUUUCUGGUUGUUUUUUUUUUUGCCAGCCUGAUAUCCGGGUUUUAGGGAUCUGGUUGUAAGACCCGGGGAUCUGGUUUUUAGACCUGGGGGUCCGGUUUUUAGAACUGGGAUCUGGUUUUAGAUCCAGAUUUGGUACAGACAAACUUUCCACGUAAGUAACAUUUUGCCUAUUGUUAAAAAUAGAAAGAGAAAGUGUAAUAUCCUCUUUGUCGUGGUGGAAUGUUUGACCGGUUGGUUAGGAUGAAGCAUGCCCACGCCCUAUUCAGACGGGGUUAGUUCUUCCACAAAGAGGUGUCAUUAUUCAGUAGUUAUUCCCAGAGUAUCUGUGGAAUUUUAGUUCCAUCAUGGGAAGUGCGUUGGUUUUGGUUUCUUUUCUUCGGGCUGUGCGUACACUAGGGCUGCACGAUUACGGCCAAAAUGAUCAUCACCAUUAUUUUGAUAAAUAAUCAUGACCUUAAUAUUGAUCACGAUUAUUCAUUGAUUUUAGGGACAACAUACUUUUAAAGCACUUUCACAUUUAAAUAAACAGACCACUGCUUUCAGCUCCAUGUUGUGCUACAUUCCUGCUAUUGUACAAAUCUUUACAUCAAAUUAGACUGGUCCUUAAAGUGCAUCAUCUCGUAGAAGCAAAAUAUCAAUAAAAUUGUACCCAAAAUAUAGGAUAAGUAAAAAUAAAAAUGCCAUCAACUAAAUGAAAACAAUUCAGGUGAAUGCAGAAAAGGCAAUAACCGUGUUUACAGGAGGAGAGACGCAGACAAAUCACCCAAUAGAGCCGUGACGCAGGGAUUACGCCAUUUUGUACCGGAACCCGGAAGUUAUCAUCACACCGGUUCCCUCAUCAAAAAUAGGCUUUGGGAUUAUUGCAAAAAAUAAUCUGUGAUCAACAAAAGUUUACAAUACUAACAUGUUUUGUCCAUCAAGGUAAUUUUCACAAAUGAACACAACUUUUAUGAAGUUUGAAGCCUAAAUACAAUCGCCAGAAAUAAACAGCUAAUGGUCGCUCGACUUCACCGUCACCAAGCUUCCGACUACUUUCCCACACUUUAUUUAAAACAUUUUCCAUAAUACGGAUUUACUCUGUGGAUGAAUCUUCAUCCAUGGUUUUUCUUUUGGGAAUUGUGCACAGCAAAGCUGAAUCAGUUUAUCUGCAAAGGCUUUUCGUCUGUACGUCUGUACGUCUGUAGUGCCAUUUAGCAACUUACAACUUACUCCACGGUGCCUGGAAUGAUUACGCUGUAUUUUGCGUGCGGUAGAAAUGACUCCAGGUGGUCUACCGAGUCUCCCGUUUGAACCGACAUGUUGCGUGAUUUAUUCCCUACAGGAUUUGAUUGAUCAAAUGUUUGAUUUCACUGCGGGGGGGGUUCUUUUUUUUUUUUCUCUUUCUUUUUCAAAAUUUGCGAUGCCAUGUUUUGGCAUGUAAACACGUCAUGAGCUUACAUGGUCAGUAUCGCGGGAUGACAAAUUCUUAUCAUGGGAAGGAGCUGUACCGGUGUAUCAUAUACAAUACUGCACAGCCCUUCCUCCACCACACACAUCAGAAAACUAAUCCCGUCUGAACAGUGGAUUCACACCAGAUGACUUACAACGAUAUUUUAAAGAGUAUAGAUUUAUGACUGGAUCUCGCGCACACACACACACGCACGUAUGUACAGCUGAGAUGUGAAUUGAGGACGGGUUCAUCAGCAUGUCUGAGCUGUAAAUGAGCAUGACCUAAUUGAUGAAUAAUUGUGUGGGUUUGUAUGAAGGACUUGGGAAAGGGCGAGUGACGAGGACAGGAGUUUAUUAGCAGGGUUCACUGACUGAUCUCUCACUCUGCAGAUUAAUCACCAUGAUGUAUGUGUUUACACGACAAGAUCUUACAUCACGUCGGCUUCCUGACGCAGCUGUUUUAUAUAACAUGUCGUGUUUACUCUCUAACAGGUGAUUCCGGAGUGAUCCGUCACCCACCAUGAAGAUGUCUGAUUGCAAGCUGAGCACAGUGUGUGUUCUCCUGUAAGCUGCAUGUACUUGCCUCUCUGAACCAUGCCUGAAGAUUAGAGCACCUCUCCUUGCCAAAUACCAGUAAAAAUCUACAUGACCCUCCAUGUAGACGUCCCCUCGUCCGUCCCACUGGAGUGAGCCCCCUAGUCUUGAUUCCUUCCCUUCCCGUCGACAUCAUCCUUCGUCAGCCUCUUGAAGACAAACCGGGACAAUGUCCCUGCAUUUGAAAACGGCUCCUACAUAAGACUCUUCAGUCCCAUGCGUCCUGUAAGCGGAGAUUCGUCUGGUGCUGCCCCUCCCGAGAGUGUGUCGUUGCUGGGCUCUCUUUCCCCGUCCGAUAUGUCCCUGCUGCAGUCCCUGGGCCCAGUGCAGAGCUGGCUGGGCCAGGAGCUGGAGAAAUGUGGCAUAGACGCCAUGAUCUACACUCGAUACGUCCUCAGCCUCCUGUUGCACGACAGCUACGACUACGAUCUGCAGGACCAGGAGAACGACAUCUUCCUGGGUUGGGAAAAGGGAGCCGGCAAAAAAUGGGGGAAGAGCAAGAGGAAGGGAGGGACGGACCUGAGUCUGGAGGAGAUGAAGAAGCAGGCCGCUGUGCAAUGCCUACGUUCUGCUUCUGAUGAAAACUCUGGAGUCGAAAGUUUGGUUGAGGAGCUUUGCUCCAAGCUCAAGGACAUUCAGAACAAACAAAAAGAAACGGAAAAGCAAACGAUUAAGAAGUCCGAUGAAUCCCGAUCUCCUGAAUUGGCUGAAUCACCUUCUUCUAAAGACCAGGUGGAAAUGUACUAUGAAGCCUUUCCACCUCUAUCAGAAAAAUCUGUUUGUCUCCAAGAGAUUAUGACCGUGUGGAACAAGGCUAAAGCAAGUGCAAAUUCCAGCUCCUCUUCUGCUGCCCCUCAAACAAGCACGGACACCUCCUCCCCAAAAGAAUGCACCAGUGAGGGUGAAGUCUCCAAGGACAAAGCACCCGAUGCGUUGGUCACUACCAAUUAUAAGGCUCAACACCGACGCAGCAAGAAAGAAAAGGAGAACCGGUACCACGGGGGUGCUUCUGGGGCUUGCAGCGACCAGGUUGUUUCUCAGAAUAAAAGGCACGCCAGACAUCGAUCUGAUUUGGGACACCGUCCCCGGUCCUGGUCCUCUGGCUCCAGUGAGGGUGGCUCAAGCUCCAGCGGUAAUCAGGGUGACACGAAGACCUGUAAAGGAGCUCGGAUCAGACACCGGUCUCGCGAGGUUAGCGGCAGAAACAAAAAAGGGCGAAACCAUGGGCAAGUCAAACUGGCCCUAAAGGCUAUUGACAAAGAAGAGCGCAGAAACACAGGUAGCAGUUGCAGUGCCUCCGAAGGCCCUUUGAAGCAUCAACAGCACUACACGAGAAAAGGCAAAAAGCCAUUAAGGGAGCUUCGGAAAGAUCCCAGCUGGGUUGACUUGAAAGAGUCCGGAGGUGAAACCAAUAACAACAGGGAAUAUAUGGAAGAACCCCUUUGGUACACCGAGCCCAUAUCGGAGUAUUUUGUCCCAUUCAGCUGGAGUAAACUGGAGACAAAAUAUCGAAGCAAACCAGAUUCCCCUAAUGACCUAGCGACGUCCAUUGACGUGGACAGUCUGUCGGAGCAGGUCCAAGGGAUUUGCAUUGCCAACACUUCGUUUCAAAGGGCGUACCUUGCAGCAGGUACUUUCGUGGAUGGGCACUUUGUUGAAGUGUCCAGUGAGGGAAAUGAGGAGGCCACUGAACUGAAUGGGACCUCAAGCUGCCCUCUUCCUGAGGAUGGUAAAGAUUUAGAUGAUGAGCAUCUGUCUGAAUUCACUCACUUCUAUGAAGUUGAUAUAUAUCAAUCCAUAUUGGAUCCCAGUGCCUCAGACGCAGUACAAGAAAGUCGAAUCUUGAACAUGAUUCGGCAAAAGAGCAAUGAGCCAAGAGACAUUGAGGCAGGGUGUUGUGUAGUUUUAGAUGGCUUUGAACUGCAGGGGGAAAGUGCAAUAAAGGCAGAUUCUUUGGGAGCUUCGGGGGACGACGUGAUUCUUACGCAAGACAUGGAAAACAUCGCUCACAUGUGGGAGUGCUGCUCGUCAUCUAGUUCUGAGGAGUUGGAAGGAGAAAGCUGUGCAGGUGACUCUCCAGUUAGGCUCUCCCCACUGUUGGGCAGCGUACCAUUUAACAUGAGCAGGUUGUCCGGCACUUUUGGAGAGCCUCCUGUUCAAGAUAGGAGCACGUCGGCCCUAAACUCCUGUUUCUCGCUCUUUGAGGUGCAGUGCGAUAGCUCUGCUUUCCCCUUUUCCUGCGACUCGCUCGCAUCCAGUCGCGAAAACAUAGAUUCAAGUAGCUGUCUAGAUCCCCAUGCGAACAAACAGUCUCGCUUGCUAAUUUGGACCAAAAAUAGUGCCUUUGAUGAGAACGAACACUGCUCUAACCUGUCGACGAGAACGUGCAGUCCGUGGUCCCACUCGGAGGAGACUCGCUCGGACAUCGAGCAAGUCUCUGGCCAAGCCGAUGAGUCUUCUCAGUUUGGCAGUGAUGAGGUUGGCUGUAUAAUUCCUCCAGUUCCAACUUCAUACCUGGAGGAGGAGUUUUUGGAUUUCUUGCAGGAGAGCCCAAGUCACCAGCAAGAUGAAAUGAGUGCAGGCAUAGUGUCCAAUCAGACCUUCAACAAGGUAUCUAAACUGGAGUCUGUUUGUGGAAUCGCAUUAGAGCAGGACGAGAGCAAACAGUACAACGCUGUUUUGUUUCCAGAAGACACCAACCAACAAGAUGAUGACUACAGCUCAGGAAUAAUAAAAGAUAUUUGGAUGGCUAUUGGAGACCGAGAUUGCGUAUUAGCCCUUGAAGUGGAGAAAGCGGAUGAUGACUUGUUUUCGGAGGAGACGCCCAACUAUCAGUGUGGCUGUCUUGAUGGUGAUGCGAAGGAGCCCAUCGAAAAGAAGGCCGUACAGCGCUCGGAGUACCACUUGUGGGAGAGUCAGAAGGAGGACCAAGGCCUGGCCAAAAAUAAAGUCUCCAAAUUGGACAGAGGGGACUACGCGACACCGGCCAGACCUUGGGAUGUUGAUUCGGAGAGGGACAGUACAUCAUUUAUUCUUGGGGGAGUGUACGGAGAACUAAAGACCCUAAGCGGUGACGAGGAAUGGACUGUGGUUCCACCCGUCGACACCUGUGAGAGUCUGUUGCAGUGUGCAUCAGCUUCCUCAUCCGACGUGGUAACCAUUGCAGGGACGGACGUGUUCAUGAAUACAGGCAGUUGCUUUGCUCCUGGUCAUAAGCCUCUAUGGCGACCUCUGGUGUCCUUUGGACAGAAUGGUCAGGCUACCAAAGGGUCUGGGGAAGGACUGAAUAAGGGGUUUUCUGUUAUCUUCCAUGAAGAUUUACUUGGAUCCUGUGGAGGCUAUUGUGGAGAGCAGCAAGGACUUGAUUAUCACUUUUCAUCCUUUGAUCUCAAUAACCCCUUUUCCCAGGUCCUGCAUGUGGAAUGCUCCUUUGAACCGGAAGACAUGGCCUCGUUCAGCCCAGGAUUCAAGCCAAAAUCCAUAUUGUGCUCAAACUCCGACAACGAGCCAUUCAGUCCAAGGCUUUAUGGCAUCAACCGCACUCAGUAUCGGGCCAUCCGCAUAUCCCCGAGGACUCACUUCCGGCCUAUAUCGGCUUCUGAACUUUCUCCUGGCUGGUGUAGCGUGUCUGAUGGAGAGUCUGAAAAGGAGGAAAUGAGUCUUCCCGUUCCAGGUCAGACCGAGCUCUUUGACGACCCGCAGGCAGACCUCAAACCCCUGGAGGAAGACGCCGAGUGUGAAGGCCCUUACUACGGAAAGUCCGAACUGGAAUCUGGUAAAUUUUUACCCAGAUUAAAGAAGUCGGGCAUGGAGAAGAGUGCCCAGACCUCACUCGAUUCCCAGGAAGGUGGGGGUACGACUCUGACAACUGUCGAGCAGGAGAUUUGCUUGGACUGCGAAAACACAGGAAAGUCCGCAGCAGCCGUGUCGGCUGUGAGCUCUCGCGUGGAGGUGCCUGUGGAUACGCUUCAGAAAGAGGAGUCCUGCGUAGACAAGGAGGCCUGUAGUUGUGUCGGAGCAAGCCAGCUUCUGGAAUUCGGGAAAUCGUACGACGUGGUUCAAGAUUUGCAGGAGUGUUCCCUGUUGAGUUUCGGGGAGCGGAGUGUGACCAGUAGCCAGCGUGAGGAUUGCUGGUGGCAGAAUACGCUUUGUUCCCCCAUGUUUUCAGGAUCUCGAUGCACAGAAAGCAGUAACAUAUGAGUUUGCUUCUGAGCGCUGAGGCACGGUAAAGCAGAACCGAGGUGAAACGCUUCAGAACCUCAGCUCUUUUCUCCUUCAGGACGAGGAGCGGCUUCAUCAGAACAGGACAUCAAAACCUCUAUUAAUCUUUACGUUUAUGAUCCCUGUCCACCUGCCCCUCCUCUCACCCCACCUUCUGUAGUCAAUACAAUACCAUCUAUUAGAAACGUAACCGAAGGGAGGCUGUGUGUGUGUGUGUGUGUGUGUGUGUGUGUGUGUGUGUGUGUGUGUGUGUGUGUGCGCAUUCGUUAUGGAUUUGUUUGAAGUGUGUAUUAAUCAGCUUUGACAAAGGCACCUAGGUGAUGAUCCUUAGAUGAGUCAGGUGAUCUUUACUUGAACUAUCUGAUUUAUUUUUUUGUGCGUGCUCUAGCUCACACUCUAGAGUCGUACUGUCUGAUUGGUGUGUGUGUGUGUGUGUGUGUGUGUGUGUGUGUGUGUGUGUGUGUGUGUGUGUGUGUUGGGGGGGGGGGGUCACACUAGUGUGACUCCUUUACUAAGCUAACCUAACCAUAACAGUAAUGACAAAAGUCCGAAAGCCCUGUAAUUGUAGCCUGUCACUUUCUCACACCAGCAGUUUUGUCCUUUAUUUUUUAUUUAUGAUUUAGUGUUUUACCGUUUUGAAGGUGUGACAUUUACUGAAGAUUCUUCCUUAUUCACAAAUACGGAAAAUAUGCGAGAAAACAAAACCUUGUUUUUUUUUUUUUUUUUGGUUUGGUCCUCAAGCGUAGCGCUAAUGGUUUGGUUUGCGCUGUUGAAAACAACGAUCUUCCCCAAAUAACCGUAAUAUCCUUUUGUGUAAUGAAUCAAAAAAAAGGGGGAAGCUGAGAGAGAGUGAAAAAAGGUUUGAGUUCUGCAUUUCCACAUUAUUACAGUUUACAGCUUUUGCAUUUAAAAAAAAUUAUUAUUUAAUAAAACUAAAUAUAAACGCAUAUAUAAGCUAUAGGUGCGACCUGAUGUUUGGUUUGUUUUUUUUCCUUUUUGUUUUUGAUGAUGGAUCAUCUGUAGCGCAAAAAAAACAAAAUCGGUGCGGUCGACGCUUUAAAAACAUUCGUGUGCCCUUCAGAUAUUUUGUUGCACAUCAAAUGCGUUCCCCAAAAAUGAGCGGUGCCGAGGGUUUCCUGCUUUACGUGCGCGUUUUAUUUUAAGAUUAGAAUUUAGUAGCAGAAUGUAAUGGGUUUUAUUUGCUUAGAAAGAUAUGACUUUUUUUUUUUUUUUCCUUCUUUUCUCAAUUUUUUUUUUCUUCAUUUAAAAAAAAAAAAAAACCAACAAAAAAACGUUUCGGUGUAGACUUGUGUGUUUUGGUGUGGGUUGCUGCGUUUUCGUUUGAAAGAAAGCCGGUAGCAUGGCGACCUGGUUAAAGAAACAGUUCGGCGUUUCAAAUAAUAAAAAGUAAUAAAAAAGGUAAGCGUUCCUGUGUUUGCGAACGUAGCUGAUCAGUCUGGGUGUGGACUUUUUUUUUUGUUUUUUUUUUUUGUUUUGUUUUGUUUUUUUUAAUAAAGUGUUCUUUUGUACAAAAGUUACGAGGCUGCAUAAGACUUAAAUAAAACAAGCGUAAUUGUUUCUUCUCUAAGAAAUAAGUUAAGAAUUACAUUUUAGUCAGUUAUUUAUUUACUUUUAAAUAAAUAAAUAAAUAAAAUGUAAGGGGGGUUGCUAGCUGCCUUAGCCUCGUAAUUCUAGUGCGAAAGUUCUGGAUGUGUCUCUGCAGUUCGGCUGUUUUUGCUGAGCAGGAACCGUUUUGGUGAAUAAUAAUAAUAAUAACAUCGACACACUCUGCUUUUUGUGACUUUCUCCUAAAGGAAGGUCUCAAAUCUGAGGUCCUGUUCGAGCAGGUGAAGAUGUCUGAUGUUCGCUUCGUAAGAACGUUUCUGUUCCUCAUUUUAUUUAAAUUUUUUUCCUUCCUCACGUUUACCAGUGUGCUCCUGUAGAACAUUCUAGUAAAUAAGUGACGAGCAUUAAUGUGUACAGAGUGAAGACCAACAGAGAUUUAUGGCUGUGUAUGAUCAAGUAUGAAUUUGGGGAACUCGCGUAGCUUGAUUGAAAUGUAGAGAGGUUUUUAAACCUUUAGAAACUAACACUACACACACACACGACUUGUUCUACAGCUUUGGUCUUCACUUCUCAUCAUUAAUGUCUUAUAUCUGCCCUCUGAGCCAGCUAAACCUAUUAUUAUUAUUAUUAUUAUUAUUAUUAUUAUAAAUAUUAGUUGUUAGAAAAUGAUUUUUUAAAUGUCCUUUUUUGUAUUGUUUAAGAAGGAUGUUCCAGAUGUGAGCAGAGAGUUGGGGAUUUCACAUUUAUGCAGCGAUUGAUGUGUAAAACAGAAAGCGGGAGGAAUUAUUAAAGGAGUGAUUUGUUCCGUAUCGAGCUGACGCCGGUCUGACACUGAACCCUGAUCAGACUGGUAUUUUCACAUCCACCGUCUGACUUUAUUUAAAUAAAAAUUUUUUUUUUUUUUUUUUUUUAAAAAAACAACGUGAUGUUGACUUGCACAACAGUGCUGCAUGUGAACGUCACGCCCGUGGUGGUGCUGGUGAUUUGCGUAACAAACCUCAACCAUUUCCUCUGAGGAUGAACUCGUUUUAUAAAUCUUCCCGCGGCAGUGUGAUAGCUGUCCGAAACCUCAGGCAGCGUGCUUUAGGGUCGUGCGUGUGCUGUGGCGUGUUGUGACGGUCAGCGUGUUCCUCCUCAUGUCUUGGUGUGGGGUUUAUUUGGUGCGAGUUGCUACGUAGCCUGUAGCACGAUGACCAAAACAGAGAAUAAAAUCGCUGUGUUCCUCUUAAACUCAGUAUCGAAUAUAAAGUCGAUCAGCUACCGGGUGUGACUUUUUUUUUUUUUUAAAGUUACAAGGUGAAUUAAUAUUUGUAUAUUUACUUCAUAAAUCAAUUAAAAAAAACUGUUUUCUUCUUUUGUAAUAAAUAAAUUGCAGACCAGCCACAGUUUAGACGUGUUUAUGUAGAAUAUCGUUUUGCGUUUCCGGUGGAAGACUGAAUUUUUUAUUAUUAUUAUUAUUAUUAUUUUAAUUAAUGGUCCUGUUAAAAAUGUUUAGUCUGAUACUGAGCCAGAAUUUCAGCCCGAUUACUCUGGAUUGGAUUGGUGCAGCUUCAGUUUCUUGGCGUGUUUUUAGUAAACACAUUGGGCCAGACGGCUCUGUUCAAUUCAAAACAGCUGUUCAUUGUUCAAAGUGAAGAACUGUAUCUAGAAAUGUAUCUAAUUUUGUCAUUGAAGCGUUGAAUGUGAGCUCUUUGGCUGCUCUGAUUUCUGGAACAUCCUGUAACCUGCAUUUUUGCUGUGUUUUAGUUUCUGAUUGCGCCUCCUGGUGGCUGCAAUAGUGUAAUGCACACAGUGGAUGAAGCACACAUUGCUUUUCCUUUUAUUUUGUUUGUUUGUUUUUGGGAGUUGGAAAAAAAUGAGAAAUGAGUACAGUAUAUGGAAAUCAAUUAUUCAACCCAUAUUUAACACUUGAUUUAGUAAAACGGAUUUAAUUCCGCAGACAUGAUGCUGAUAUAUUUUUCUAAUACACUUCCAGAGGUGGUACACUUUUUUUUUUUUUUUUUUUUCUUUUUUUUCCUCUUCUUUUUAUUUUUAUUUUAUUGAAAACACUGAGAUAAAAUUAAAUAAGCGGCAUUAUUAUUAAUUUAUUAUUAGUUAUUUCAGCCUAGACAACACCCAACAUCUGCGAAAAAGACAAACGAGGUCGGUGGGGAAAGAGGAAUUGAAACGAAUAAAAGAUGCAUGAGGUCGUCGAGGCUAAUAAUAAUAAUCUAGUAAUCGGACAUCACGGUCCCUAAUUUGCUUUGCUUUAAACUGCGAAACAAGUUUUAAAAACUUUAAAAACAACAACAAAAAAAAGUGUGCAACUAAGUUUUAUUUUCUUUUUUGCUUUUAACUAUUGCGUGAGUGAGUAUAUGUGGGUCCUCAAAAUAAUAAUAAAAUAAAUUUUAAAAAGACAAAAAAGUAUGAGAAAUUGUUAGCAUAUGAUAUGUUUAUGAGAGACCACCGUGUAACAAAGUUCAUGUUUGUGUGUGCGAGGUCGGAGUAGUGUGUGUGUGUGUUACUCAUACUAGACUUUGUCCUGCAGUUCUGUUCCAUGGUUUGUUUGUGUUGGGAGGGACACGCUUCCCGAAUGCGAGUCAGGAUCGCACUUUGAAGCAUUGAGGGUUUUUUUUUUCUCUCUCUCUUUCUUUAUUUGGUUCUUUUUUUUUCUGUCCCUCUGUUCAUGUUUGUAUCUCAUCUAUGCAGCCCGGUGGGGUUUCAUGCCUCCGUCACCAUCUCCGACCCGUGUUCAUCACUUAAACACCUCAGUGCCACCAAAAACCCAAAACAUGGUCACAUUUGUUCUAAUUCCAUAUAAAAAUCCAGCGGAGAUUUGUUUCAUUGUUGAGUUUCUGAAUCUAAUAAAGGAUUGAGUACA